AAAGAAGAAGAAAGUAUGCUCGAGAAAGUUGUAAAUGGACCAAAGAAUGUUACAUUCAUUGGAACUACGAUAAAUAUUGGCGAUUUAACAAGAACACCAAAGGAUUUACACAGAGUCGCCUGUUAGUGUUGGGGAACACAUUGACCCCAUAAAGAGAGAAUAAAAUGUCUAAUGGAGACCAGAGAGUUCUCCACCCUUCCAAAGGCCGUAGAAAAUGAUAAUCCAGCUGCAAACUGUCUUAUAACACAGAAAAACCAAUACAGCAGCUAUCGGGAUCACUUCUUAUCUGGGUGGCUGUUGAGACUGUUCCUUUGGCAUGGUCACAUUCAUUCACAACUCCUGCAAUAUCUUCCCCUUCAAGGUCGAGGCACUGCACAUCGGCAAUAAACAGAACAAACGUGAACUUGUACUAAUAAUUCAUUGUCUCAUCAACAUAUUGGGAUCAAUGGUGCUGUAAUAGAGUUGCAAAUAGCAAGAGCAACAAAAUAGAUGGACCUUCCAAGCCAAGGUCCCUGCUGGCAAAUGAAUGUGCUGUUCCUCCUAAAAGCAGAGGGGGGCAGUGCUGUGUGACUAGUCAUGCUUUCCAACCGUGCUUUAAAGAAGAAGAAAGCUUGCUCGAGAAAGUUGUAAAUGGACUAAAGAAUGUUACAUUCAUUGGAAUUAAAAUAAAUAUCGCCGGUUUGCAAGUAACGUUAGGUACCAAAUGUCUAUGGACUGUCCCCAUAUAAUAUGUUGAUGGCUGGAGUCCUGACUGCAUUGAAAUGAAGCCUUCUGAGGAUUUUCUUGGAGUUUCGAGAGCCGAGUCGUCUAAGGACAGUAUGGAAACUUUAGUGCUGAGCAAAAUAGAAGGAGGAUCACCUGUGCGCUAUUGCCAACGGCUGAAAUAUACAGUGAGAAGUUUUCAGGCGCCCGUUGGAAGUUCUUCAGAUACUGAAACAGAAGCUGAACCAUCCAUCUCCCACUUUUCAAAUGGCAAAAAGACUUGUAGUGAAAAAUUCAGCUGUAAAUUGUGUGGCAUGGAGUAUCGCCAGAGCAUAAGCCUGGUGCGUCACAUGCGAAUACACACGGGAGAAGCACCGUACACCUGUGAACUCUGUGGAAGGGGCUUUCGACGUAAAGACUGGCUUGUACUGCACAGCAGCGUCCACACGGGCAACAAACGAAAAAGCAUCAAGAGGUUCAGUUGCGAUCAGUGUGGGAAGAUGUUUACUGGCUCCACUGCACUCCAAAGUCAUUUAUACAAACACAGAGGCGAGAGGCCGUUCACCUGCGUGCACUGCGACAAGACGUUCUUCAGUCAAACCAAUCUUAAACGCCACCAGAUCGAGUCUCAUUCUGACAGCAAACAAUUUUGUUGCCCCGUGUGUGGAAGUGGAUUCUCACGCCUUUUUUCACUGCAGAAACACACGCGGAUUCACAUGGGAAAGAGGCCUUUCUCCUGUCCAGACUGUAGAAAGACUUUCCGUAAUGAAUAUACCAUGAAUAUGCAUCGUAAACGACGUCACUCAGUUGAAAGUUGACGUAAUGCACAUUCAUGCAUCACAUGAGUUUGAUUUAUUUUAUUUUUCUACUGUUUUAAGCCACAUCCCUUGUAUUGAUAUUUUGUCUAGUGCCAAUAAAGAGCUUGACUUCACAUGA